CCCAGAGACAAAGUAGACAGAUCAUAAAAGAACAUGUCUUCUUUCAAAGCCUACGGCAAAGUGGAUGAAGCCGAGCAGGCAAAGCUCGAGGCUGGUCGGAAGAGACGAAAGGGAAUCGCCAUCAUAAGCUUAUCCUCGAUAAUCCUUGUCGGCGUUGUAGUUGCUGCGGUACUUGGAACCAAAGCCGGUUCCGGUUCCAAAAAUGGCGGCGGCGGCGGAGACAAAUCGCCUGCCACCUCGAUAAAAGCAAUCUGCGACUUUACCUCGUACCCGGAGACAUGUUAUAGCAGCCUUGCUUCUUUACCCAACUCCACGCAGGUUGAGCCUGUGGCUGUCUUCAAGUUGGCAAUCCAAGUCGCCAUGACUGAGUUGUCGAAUGCUGCUCAACGCUUAUCUGAGCCUGGCGUUCUUGGUGGUUCCACCGACAACAUGACGGCCGGUGCUUUGGAGAUCUGUCAAGAACUUUUUAGCCUUGCGAUGGACCAUCUCAAUCUCACAUUGUCUGCUGGUUCUGCCUCGUUAUUUCAAGCCAUGGAUGAUCUCAAAACGUGGUUAAGUUCUGCAGUCACUUUUCAAGAGACAUGCAUAGACGGCUUCGAGAAUGCAAAUGUAACUCUAAAGACAGCCAUUGUCAAUCACCUGAAGAAUUCUACAGAGGCAACCAGCAACGGCCUCGCCAUCACCACAUUUAUUUCCGACUUCUUGGGCUCUCUGAAGCUAAGAAGACUAAUGGGUCUCCCCGAUCAGCACGAUGAACAGCCGACGUGGCUGCAUUCAAAAGAUCGGAAGCUGCUUCAAACUGUGGAUUUGAGAAGGAAGGCGAACAUAGUUGUGGCGAAAGAUGGAUCCAGCAAGUACAGAACAAUUACUGCUGCGCUCAACGCCGUUCCCGAUAAAAGCAACCAGAGGUUCGUGAUCUACGUGAAGAAAGGAGUUUACUACGAAAACGUUCAGGUGGGGAAGAACAAGUGGAACGUCGUGAUGGUUGGUGAUGGAAUGACUUCAACGGUUGUGUCUGCAAGUCUCAACGCUGUGGACGGGACUGGAACGUAUCAAAGUGCAACAUUUGCUGUUUUCGGCCGGGGCUUCAUUGCCAAAGAUAUGGGGUUCCGUAAUUCCGCCGGAGCAAUUAAGCAUCAGGCGGUGGCCCUAAUGUCAAACUCAGACAAAUCAAUCUUCUACCGGUGCCGCAUGGAUGCAUUUCAGGACACCCUCUAUGUACAUGCCAACCGACAGUUCUACAGAGAAUGCAACAUUUACGGGACAGUUGAUUUCAUCUUCGGAAAUGCAGCAGUUGUCCUUCAGAACUGUAGCAUAUUUGCCAAGGUUCCGAUGCUGGGGCAGCAGAACACCGUUACAGCUCAAGGGAAGAGUGACCCACAUCAGACCACUGGAAUCUCAAUACAUCAUUGCACAAUAUCGCCCUAUGGGGACUUGAAAUCUGUCCAGACAUACCUUGGACGGCCAUGGAAGGAUUUCUCAACAACCGUGAUCCUCCGUAGCAAUCUAGGGAGCUUAAUCAACCCCGCCGGAUGGUUGCCGUGGGUAGGCACGUCGGCUCCGAGCACCAUAUUUUACUCGGAGUAUAGAAACUAUGGUCCAGGUUCUUCCACAAAGAAUAGAGUCAAGUGGAAAGGGGUGAAAACAAUGAACGCUAAUCUAGCCAGUAGUUUUUCAGUGGGUUCAUUCAUCAAUGGGAAAGAGUGGAUACCAGCAAUUGUACCCUUCAAAUCUGGCAUCUGAUUGUGACACGUACAUUUCAUGGAGAUCGAUGGAGUCUUUCUUUUUGGACAAAGAUGUUUUUGUUUUUGUUUUUUUGUUUUGUUUUUACACUAUAUUAUAUAUAUGUUCAUUGGUUGAGAAAAAGCUUGGAAUAAAAGAAAAAAAAAAAACACUCUAACGAGUGUAGACUGGAA